CCCUCCCGGUCCCCGCCUCGGCCCCGGGCUUGGAAGCGGCUCGGGGGCGCCCUUUUGGACAGCGACAUCGUCUCCCCCCGCCCCCCUCCCGUCUCCCCAGCCCCAGCCCCUGGAGACCCUCGCCAGCGCCCAGCCAGGGAGCCGGCCGGGAAGCGCGAUGGGGGCUCCCUCCGCCCUGCCCCUGCUCCUGCUCCUCGCCAGCCGCUGGGCGCCCGGCGGGGCCAACCUCUCCCAGGACGAUAGUCAGCCCUGGACAUCCGAUGAAACAGUGGUGGCUGGCGGCACAGUGGUGCUCAAGUGCCAAGUGAAAGAUCACGAGGACUCCUCCUUGCAGUGGUCUAACCCUGCGCAGCAGACUCUCUACUUCGGGGAGAAGAGAGCCCUUCGUGACAAUCGGAUUCAGCUGGUUAGUUCUACGCCCCAUGAGCUCAGCAUCAGCAUCAGCAACGUGGCCCUGGCAGACGAGGGUGAAUACACCUGCUCCAUCUUCACCAUGCCUGUGAGGACUGCCAAGUCCCUUGUCACUGUACUCGGAAUCCCACAGAAGCCCAUCAUCACUGGCUACAAAUCAUCAUUACGAGAAAAGGAAACAACCACUCUGAACUGUCAGUCUUCUGGGAGCAAACCUGCAGCCCAGCUCACCUGGAGGAAGGGUGACCAAGAGCUCCAUGGAGAACCAACCCGAAUACAGGAAGAUCCCAAUGGGAAAACCUUCACUGUGAGCAGCUCAGUGACAUUCCAGGUUACCCGGGAGGAUGAUGGAGCAAAUAUCGUGUGCUCUGUGAACCACGAAUCUCUAAAAGGAGCUGACAGAUCCACUGCUCAGCGUAUUGAAGUCUUAUACACACCAACUGCCAUGAUCCGGCCAGACCCGCCACAUCCCCGUGAAGGUCAGAAGCUGAUGCUACACUGCGAAGGCCGUGGCAAUCCGACCCCCCAGCAGUACCUAUGGGUGAAGGAGGGCAGCGAGCCACCCUUGAAGAUGACCCAAGAAAGCGCCCUCCUCUUCCCGUUCCUCAACAAGAGUGACAGCGGCACCUAUGGUUGCACGGCCAUCAGCAACAUGGGCAGCUACACUGCCUACUUCACCCUCAAUGUCAAUGACCCCAGUCCGGUGCCCUCGUUCUCCAGCACCUACCAUGCCAUCAUUGGUGGAAUUGUGGCUUUUGUUGUCUUCCUGCUACUCAUCCUGCUCAUCUUCCUCGGCCACUACUUGAUCCGACACAAAGGAACCUACCUGACACACGAGGCCAAGGGCUCGGACGAUGCCCCGGAUGCUGACACGGCCAUCAUCAAUGCAGAAGGCGGGCAGUCAGGCGGAGAUGACAAGAAGGAGUAUUUCAUCUAGGGGCACUCAUCCACCUCUUGCUGCCCUCCCCCAGGGGCCCCCGUGGGGACUGCUGGGGACAUCACCAACCCGGACUUGUACAGAGCGGACCCCAGGGCCGCCCCUCCCGCUUGCUCCCCAGCCCACCCAGCCCCCCCUGUACAGAAUGUCUGCUUUGGGUGCGGUUUUGUACUCGGUUUGGAAUGGGGGGGAGGAGGGCGGGGGGGAGGGGAGGGUUGCCCUCAGCCCUUUCCGUGGCUUCUCUGCGUUUGGGUUAUUAUUAUUUUUGUAACAAUCCCAAAUCAAAUUCCGUCUCCAGGCUGGAGAGGCAGGGGCCCUGGGGUGAGGAAAGAAAACAACAACAACAACAAAAUCUAGAAUGUGAGGAGGGAAAUGAGGGUUGGAGGGGUCCAAGGAGUACAGAGCAGGGUUGGCUUGCAGGUGAAGGUUCUCCCCAGCCUUUCUUCAACACUGGACGGAUGGCAAAGCAGCUGCCUAGGUUAAUGCAGUAACCCAGGGAUGGGAACAGGGACCAGCCACACACUGCAAGCCACAGGCAGGAGCAAGAGUCUCACUCACUUUGAACUCCUCUUCCCUCACAAUGGGAAGAAGGGAGUGGACAGGAAGGUCUCCCCAGGAGAUGGGACCUGCAGGUGGUACGCAGCUCUAGGGGGACCAAGGGCUUCACCAUGGAGAGGGACACGGGUUCCUCCCGGUAGGGUAAGUUUGGAGAGGAAGGAGGGUGGAAGAUGGCCCCAUCCACCGAUUGCCUCCGUAUGGUGAUCGAAGACAGGCAGUGUGCACAACAACUGCUCUUGGGGACCAGAAGAGCUCAGCUCACUCUCCUAGUUCCAGCAGCUGUGCGAGAGUUCGCUCUGGGGCGUCAACUGCAUCUGCUUCCCCCGCUGAGGGACCCCUCACUCUUACCCAAGCCCCUGGACUGUUGCACGGCAACCACUCCUCUCAUGGCACUGCUCAGCAACGACUCCUCCACCUUGUGCCACCCUGUACCCCUGCCCCUUCCCUCCGCCACCCUCGAGUCCUUCCUCCCUCAGCAGCCAGGCAGACAUAACAACAAAAAUACUAAACGGAGCUUCACUGCACUGAGCUGUUUCCUGCCCAAAACUAAGGGAAUAAUGUGAACUCUGCGUGUA